AUGAAGUUGACAAAGGACAAUGAGGAGCCCGGAGACUCCGGCACUUACCCGGCGAAGAGCAGCCCGCUGAGAGGCACCCGGGCCCCCGAGGACGGGGCGCUGCUCCCGGCUCUCCCUGCCCGCGGCCAAGGGCGGCCCCGCGCCCGCCCGGCGAAGGAGCGGCGCGGGCAGCGCUCGGCAGCCCGGCGCCAUUGCUGCCCGACCGUCGGCAGCCCCGCUCGGCAGCCCGGCUCGCCGCCCUCCGAAGCCCCGGUGCCCACAGAGUGCCGGGCCCGAUUUGGCGCCCGGGAGCGGCACCGAGGGCGCCCGCCGGGCGUCUCCGGCGCGAGCGGCGGGGACAGCGCCGGGAGACGGGCGGGAGCUGCGGCUGCUCCCCGGCCAUCUUGUGCCGUGUGUGUGAGGGAGCCUCCGCCGUCUCCUCUCAACUCCUUGCUCCCCUCCCCCCGCACAACAUGGCCGCCCGGUCGCUCCUCACUGCGGCGGGGAAGGGGCGGCACCGCGCGCGCGCCCCUCCCCUCCCCGCCCUCGGCUGCGCGCGCGCCGCCCGCCUGGGCCCCGCGCGCUCCGGCGCCGCGGCCUCCCAUUGGCCCCCGCUCCCCAACUCAGCCGCCCCCCAUUGGCUCCCGCCGCCUCCUCGCGCGCCGGCCGCAGCAGCCGCCCCUCAGGGGGAGGCGGGAGCGGGAGCAGGAGCGGCCGCCGCCCCCUCCCAGCUGCACCUGGCCGGGCCGUCCCACCUGA